CGGCGUAUAUUUGGCAUUGCUUUGUUUUUCACUAGAUUUUUCUAUGAGACGGGCCAAGUAAUGAGACAAAACGCCAAAUCACGCAAUUUUGCUGCUUCAGGUAAUCCUUAGCGUCUCACGUCUACACAGCUUACUUGAAAUAUUUCACAUCAGCCAGAGAAUGCAGUGCAAGACUCCACCGCAGCUCUGAACGAAACAUUCAGCUGGAGGCUGUGAUUUAGCACUGCCGGACUGCUCGGAACAGCGGUAGAGCUGCAGGCGCCAGUGCACGCGCAGCCGGCGCAGCCGUGAAGUUGGCUUUCCCUCAAAAGUACGUUUUUUGCUCACGUGAGCGUUGCUGCCGGUGCAACCGGUGUUGCGGUGGAGCUACAGUGGAACUCUGCUGCUCUGUACCCCAAGGGGAACAUACUCUGAUGGAGGAGGCGGACGUUCAACAGCCACCCUGUUGCUCUGUUGACUCUGUUCCCCAAAUCGAACAUACUUUGAUGGAGGAGGCGGACGUUCAACAGCGACCCUGUCGCUCUGUUGACUCUGUUCCCCAAGUGGAACAUACUCUGAUCGAGGAGGCAGACGUUCAACAGCCACCCUGCCGCUCUGUUGACUUUGUACCCCAAGUGGAACAUACUUUGAUGGAGGCGGAGGCAGACGUUCAACAGCCACCCUGUCGCUCUGUUGACUCUGUUCCCCAAGUGGAACAUACUCUGAUCGAGGAGGCAGACGUUCAACAGCCACCCUGUCGCUCUGUUGACUCUGUUCCCCAAGUGGAACAUACUUUGAUGGAGGCGGAGGCGGACGUUCAACAGCCACCCUGUCGCUCUGUUGACUCUGUUCCCCAAGUGGAACAUACUCUGAUCGAGGAGGCGGACGUUCAACAGCCACCCUGCCGCUCUGUUGACUCUGUACCCCAAAUGGAACAUACUUUGAUGGAGGAGGCGGACGUUCAACAGCCACCCUGUCGCUCUGUUGACUCUGUUCCCCAAGUGGAACAUACUCUAAUGGAGGAGGGACUGGAUGCGUUCGUCGACAGUGAAGCAGCGGAACAACCACAGAGCAAAAAGACUCGUCGACGGCGUCGACGGCGCAAAUACGCUACAACCGAGGAGGUUAAGGAAACUCGCCGAUCCGCUGAUCGUGCUCGCAGGCACGUUGGGCCUGACACAGACCCUGAAAUGAUCGCAGCCUUGCUGGAGGUGGCGUUGGCCAAGCUUGCCCGCGAAAACGAACUUCGCGAACAAGAGUUAGCCGCCCGCAGACGAGCUCGCGAAGAGGAAAUCGCCGCAAAGCGUAGACUGCGGGCUACGCUGCGGGCUGCCAAGGAGCAACUUCGCCUGCAAGAGGCAGCCGCACGUAGGCAAGCUCGCAUGGAAGAGUCAGCCGCGAGACGUAGAGUGCGGGCCGCUCAGAAACAGCUCCGGCAACAAGAAAUCGCUGCCCGUAGACAAGCUUGCAAAGACGAAAUCGCUGCGAAGAGCAGGCGAUGCGAAGCUAAAGAUUCCGGAGCACAGCGACGCAAUAAACGUCCUGUCGCCGCUACCACCGAGUGCUGCCGGAAAGAGCUCCUGGAGAACCCCCCGGGAAGUGUUUGCCAUGUGUGCCGCGUGUGCGACCGGAUUUGGUGUGCCAACGAACUCGUGCCAGGCAGGACUGUCGAGGCAUUCCUCACCUGCCGCACUUGUGCUGGAUCGUUGCCGCAAAUCAAGAUUAUAAAUGCUGCACACAGUACACAGCACACCUGCACCAAAGCUGGGCCGAAGACCACAAAGUCACGGAGGAUGCGGCGGCGAGGUUCCGAUAAGUGCGUUGGUGAGGAUGAAACCCUGCCCCAGCACGCCAAUCAGUCCUGCCAGACGGAACACCACAUCACGUUACUCCGGCAUGCAAGACCAAACGUUUCAACGCGUAGUGCUGGAGUGCAAGUGAAUCUCAGGCGACGGCGGUGUUGAAGAGGUCCCCCUUCAGCCAGGUACUCUGGGACCUCCUUCUGUAUA